CGCUGCGGGCAGCGGGGGGCCAGGACCCGGGGCUCGCCGCGCCCCUCCGGCCCCCCAGGGCCGCGGGGAGCCCGGACAUGGGCGUUCGGCUGCCCCGAGGCGUGUUGGUACCUGCGGGACCCGCGGAAAGUCCCUCCUUCCCAUGAGCAGCGUCUGCUCCCGGCGCUGGGCUCUCGCCAUGGACACUGUGAAAACCACCUACAUCGUGCUGGAGCUCAUCAUCGCCGUGCUCUCCAUCGCUGGCAACGUGCUGGUCUGCUGGGCUGUGGCUAUCAACAGCACCUUGAAGAACGCCACCAACUAUUUCCUGGUGUCGCUGGCGGUGGCUGAUAUCGCCGUGGGAUUGUUGGCCAUCCCUUUCGCCAUCACCAUCAGCAUUGGCUUCCAGGUGGAUUUUCACAGCUGCCUCUUCUUCGCCUGUUUCGUGCUCGUGCUGACCCAAAGCUCCAUUUUCAGCCUGCUGGCGGUGGCCAUCGACAGGUACCUGGCUAUUAAGAUCCCACUGAGGUACAACAGCCUGGUGACCGGCAAGCGAGCGAGGGGACUCAUUGCAGUGCUGUGGCUGCUGUCCUUUGGGAUUGGACUGACCCCACUGAUGGGCUGGCACAAAGCCAUGAGUGGCUGCCCCAACGCCACCAACGAGACAGGGGCAGAACCCCACGGGGACAGAGCUCUGGGACAGAGCUGCUUCAUCUCGUGCCUCUUUGAGAACGUGGUGACCAUGAGCUACAUGGUUUACUUCAACUUCUUCGGCUGCGUGCUGCUCCCGCUCGUCAUCAUGCUGGGGAUCUACAUCAAGAUAUUCAUGGUGGCCUGCAAGCAGCUGCACCAGAUCGAGCUGAUGGGCAACUCCAGGACCACCCUGCAGAAGGAGGUGCACGCAGCCAAGUCUCUGGCCAUCAUCGUGGGGCUUUUUGCCUUCUGCUGGCUGCCCCUGCACGUCUUGAACUGCAUCACGCACUUCCACGAGGACUUCUCCCGAUCCAAGCCCGAGUGGGUGAUGUACGUGGCCAUCAUCCUCUCCCACGCCAACUCUGUCAUCAACCCCAUCAUCUACGCCUACAGGAUCCGCGAUUUCCGCUGCACCUUCCGCAAGAUCCUCUCCAAGAUCCUCUGCAAGGCCGAUGACUUCCCCAAGUGCCCCUCUGACAACAACCAGCACCUGACUGUCAUCAACAUCAGCUCCCCCGCAGCCUCGGUGACCGUAUGACCCUGCCUGGCUGCCCAGCCCGGCCCUGGCACCGCCCUUCCCCCGCCAGCAGUCCCAGGGGUGCUCAGAGAUGACCACUAUGCACUUGUGCAGCUGUGUCUUGAUUUUUAUUUUUGUAAUUAACGUUGUGCCUCGUAGAGGAGUGACCUGAGCGGGGACACUGAGUGCAGCUCGCCCUGCUCUGCAGCCCCAGGGGUGUGGGAGCUGGGAUCCUCUUGUGUUUCCUUUCCAGGUGAUUCCUUCCCAGGUUGGACACUGACUGGGGAAGACUCACCUGCUGGGGGGGUGUUUCCCCAAUUGUGCUGCUCAU